GGGAGCGGGAGCCCGGCGCCGCCGCCAAGGCUUCCGUCUCUGGCUCGCGCAGCGGCGGCAGCAGAGGUCGCGCACAGAUGCGGGUGAGACCGGCGGGGGGAGGAGGCGGAGGAGGGAAGGAAGCUGCAUGCAUGAGACCCACAGACUCUUGCAAGCCGGAUGCCCUCUGUGGAUGAAAGAUGUAUUAUGGAAUGAACCCGAGCCAUGGAGAUGGAUUUCUAGAGCAGCAGCAGCAGCAGCAGCAGCAGCCUCAGUCCCCCCAGAGACUCUUGGCCGUGAUCCUGUGGUUUCAGCUGGCCCUGUGCUUCGGCCCUGCACAGCUCACAGGCGGGUUCGAUGACCUUCAGGUGUGUGCUGACCCGGGCGUCCCCGAGAAUGGCUUCCGGACGCCCACUGGAGGCGUUUUCUUUGAAAGCUCUGUCACCCGAUUUCAUUGCCAAGACGGAUUCAAGCUGAAGGGCUCUACAAAGAGACUGUGUAUGAAGCAUGUCAAUGGCACCCUAGGCUGGAUCCCAAGUGAUAAACCCAUCUGUGUGCAAGAAGAUUGCCGUAUCCCGCAGAUCGAAGAUGCUGAGAUUCAUAACAAGACCUACAGACACGGAGAUAAGCUCAUCAUCACUUGUCACGAAGGGUUCAAGAUCCGUUACCCCGACCUGUACAACUUGGCUUCGUUAUGUCGCGACGACGGGACGUGGGACAAUCUGCCCAUCUGUCAAGGCUGCCUGAGACCACUGGCCUCUUCCAACGGCUACGUGAACAUCUCCGAGUUCCAGACCUCCUUCCCGGUGGGCACGGUCAUCUCCUACCAUUGCUUUCCUGGGUUUAAACUCGAGGGCUCGGGGUACCUCGAGUGCUUGCACAGCCUGAUCUGGUCGUCCAGCCCACCCCGGUGCCUUGCUCUGGAAGUUUGCCCGUUACCUCCAGUGGUGAGUCACGGAGAUUUCAUCUGCCACCCGCGGCCUUGUGACCGCUACAACCACGGAACCGUGGUGGAGUUCUACUGCGACCCCGGCUACAGCCUCACCAGCGACUACAAGUACAUCACCUGCCAGUACGGGGAGUGGUUUCCUUCCUAUCAAGUCUACUGCAUCAAGUCAGCAGAGCAAACGUGGCCCAACACCCAUGAGACCCUCCUGACCACGUGGAAGAUCGUGGCAUUCACGGCGACCAGCGUGUUGCUGGUGCUGCUGCUCGUCAUCCUGGCCAGGAUGUUCCAGACCAAGUUCAAGGCCCACUUUCCCCCCAGGGGGCCUCCCAGGAGUUCCAGCAGCGACCCUGACUUCGUGGUGGUGGACGGUGUGCCUGUCAUGCUCCCGUCCUACGACGAGGCCGUGAGUGGCGGCUUGAGUGCCUUAGGCCCCGGGUACCUGGCCUCUGUGGGCCAGGGCUGCCCCUUACCCGUGGAUGACCAGAGCCCCCCAGCAUACCCCGGCUCCGGGGACACGGACACAGGCCCCGGGGAGUCAGAAACCUGUGACAGCGUCUCAGGCUCCUCCGAGCUGCUCCAGAGUCUAUAUGCAUCUCCCAUGUGCCAAGCAGGCACCCGCCCCGCUCCCGACAACCCUGACACAGUUGCCAGCACCGCGGGGGAGGUAGCAUCCACCAGCCCAGGCAUCGACAUUGCAGAUGAGAUCCCACUGAUGGAAGAGGAUCCGUAGCCAGGCCAAGUCCCGAUGCUUCUACUACCCCUUCGGGAACGGAACCUUGCGCCUUGGAGUGAGGCCACAGAAGGACAAGCGUGGGGAUGGUGUCGUGUGCUCAUUUGUCUACACAGGGACA